AAAAACUCAAAACAAUUACGUAAUACUGUAUAUCCACCCAUCGAUACAAAACCACCCACAAAUAACCCUAGCCAAUUCAUCAUGGAUUCAUAUUUCUUUGCAAAAAAAUAUAUUAACUUAAACCGGCUAUUGCAGAUUGGUGUUUCAAUUAUUUGCUUUGUAGAAGGGAAUGGACUCGUUGAAAGAGGAGGAUAAACGAAGAGCCGCCGGAGACGGAGGCGGAGACCAUCGCAGCGUCGUGGUGGAGCUGCCACUUGGGGAGGCCGCGGCCAAUUUCGAUCUGGAAAGCGCCGUAUGCAGCCACGGAUUGUUCAUGAUGGCCCCCAAUUUCUGGGACCCACUCACCAAAACCCUCCAACGCCCACUACGCUUCGAUUGCGAUGACAAUGGUGAAGAAGUCUCCGUAUCUUCGCUCCUCGUUCGCAUCUCUCAUCCCUCUGACACUCCUCUCUCUCUCCACAUUCGAGUUUUCGGCACGGAGUUUCUCUCUCCUCAGCGCCAACAAUCGUUGCUGAGUCAGGUUAGGCGAAUGCUGCGACUGUCGGAAUACGAGGAGAGGAAUGCGAGGGAGUUUCAGAAGAUGUACGGCGGAGAAGCGAAGGAGAGGGUUGUUGGGAGAGUUUUUAGGUCUCCUACUCUGUUCGAGGACAUGGUUAAGUGCAUCCUUUUCUGCAACUGCCAGUGGUCAAGGACUUUGAGCAUGGCCAGAGCGCUUUGUGAGCUUCAGUUGGAACUGCAGCAUCCUUCAUUUAAUGUAUUGGUUUGUGAAGCUGGUGACGGUGCAAAUUCUAGAAGUCAAACAGCAGCUAAGACUGAGCGUUUCAUUCCAAAGACACCUGCAGGAAAAGAAUCAAAGAGAAAGCUUAAAGGGCACAAGAGUAAGACCAAUUUAGCAACCCGGUUUCUGGAGGCCAAUAUAGAAACAGAAGCAGAAGAUGAUGCAACGAUAGAUUGUGUUGAAAUGUCAGAGUCCUUGCAAGGGACGGAGAAACUAAGCACGAACUUCACCUCGUCAAUCAAAGAGGAAGACAACUUAAAUGAGCAGUGCAACUCAUGUCAUACAUCAGCUAAGAAUCGGAAGGCUGAUUCAUUUUCAUCUUCUGAUCUCCAGUCUUCAAAAGAGACGGAACAUUACUCCUACAAUAUGAUUGGAAAUUUUCCUAGCCCAAGAGAAUUAGCUAGCCUCGAUGAAAAGUUUUUACAAAAGCGCUGCAAUCUUGGCUACAGAGCAAGCUGGAUAUUGAAUCUUGCUCAGAGUGUUGUUGAAGGUAGAAUUCAACUUAGACAACUUGAAGAAGCUUGUGACAAACCAAGCUUAUCCAUUUACAAUGAGCUGACUGAGCAGCUGAAAGAAAUUAAUGGAUUUGGUCCUUUUACGCGUGCCAAUGUGCUUAUGUGCAUGGGAUUUUACCAUGUGAUUCCAGCUGAUACUGAAACUAUUAGGCAUUUGAAACAGGUCCAUGCAAGAAAUUGCACCAAUCAAACAGUUCAGAGAGAUGUCGAAGCAAUUUAUGGGAAGUACGCGCCGUUUCAGUUCUUGGUAUACUGGUCAGAAAUAUGGAACUUCUAUGAGGAAAAGUUUGGAAAGCUCAGCGAAAUGGCCCACUCUGAUUAUCGACUAAUUACUGCUGCUAAUAUGAGACCAAAUAAGAGCAGUAAACCUAAUACGAGACCGAAUAAGAGGAGCAAGCCUGAUAGAGAAGCGCACCUUGAAUGAUCUGAAAGACAAUUGAGUGAGCAAGUUCUAUUAGUGAGUAUGCUGAUUUCUAUACUACCACAAAUGCUCACAGCUCUUUUGUAUAUCAUGGUAUUUGUUACAACAUUCCAAACUAAUUUAAUGCAGCGGUCACCAUGUUCAUUUUUCAA